AUGGAUUCGAUUCCGCGGAAAAGCAUUCCGGAGACAUUUGCCGGAGCCGACGUGUUCAUAACCGGUGGUUCCGGGUUUAUGGGAAAGGUGCUGAUCGAGAAGCUGCUGCGUUCGUGUCCCCAGGUUGGAAACGUGUUCGUACUGUUGCGGCCGCGCAAGGGAAAAUUGGCCAAGGAACGGGUGAACGAUUUGGUUCAAGCACCGUUAUUCAACAAACUUCACGAAGAAUGGCCGGAAGCAUUGCAGAAAAUUGUUCCGAUUGCUGGUGAUUGCUCGCUGUUGAAGUUGGGACUGGAUGAGGACAGUGUAAAGCGAAUGGAGAAUGUCCAAUUUGUGUUUCAUGCCGCGGCCAGUGUUCGGUUCGAUGAUCCUUUGGAUAAAGCGUUGCUGUUGAAUACCCGAGGGACUCACGAAGUUUUGCGGUGGGCAAAAACACUGAAGAGCUUGAAGGUGAUCGUGUACAUUUCGACCACCUAUUCUAAUCCGGAGCUACCGCAUGUCGAGGAACGGAUCUACCCGGCAAAGAUGGAUUGGAGGAAGGCAAUCGAUAUGGUGGAAAAGGUGAAGCCCGAGGUGUUGAAUGCAUUGGCAGAGAAACUGACAGGUUUCGCCCCAAACACCUACACCUUCACCAAAGGCCUGGCGGAACAGAUUUGCUACGACUACCGCCACGAGCUUCCGCUGGUGAUAUUCCGGCCGUCAAUUGUGAUCAAUACUGAAUUGGAACCCAUGCCCGGUUGGAUCGAGAACUAUAACGGUCCUGCCGGUUUAUUGUCAGCUCAUGCUGCGGGAAUACUGCGGACGUUGUUCGUCAGCUUCGACUGUCACAUGAACUGCAUCCCGGCGGAUGUCAGCAUUAAGGCCAUUAUAAUUGCUGCCUGGAAGAAAACCUACAGCCCUACCGGUGACCUUGUAAUCUACAACAGUGCUGCCGAGCCGCACAAAGCGAUGGGCUACGGGUUUCUUUAUGAGGAGUCUCAUUACUUCUCGCAUCGGAUUCCCAUGCUGAAGAUGAUGUGGGCUCCCACAGUACAAGCCACCACUAACAAGUAUUUGUUCUAUAUGUUGUUCUUCCUGUACCAGGUUGUGCCGGCAUUUUUCGUCGAUGCAGUACUCAAACUGUGCCAAAUGAAACCAUUCCUGAUGAAGCUGCAGCGUUCGAUCUUCCACGCGCAAAACUCGCUAAUGUACUUCACCUCACACGAUUGGGUUUUCGACACCGAUAACUUUCGAAACCUGGCCAAAGAUCUCUGCGAGCUGGACAAAAUCCACUUCAACAUCGCCUACAUAACGCAGGGUCUGCUGGAGUACUGCAGCCUUUGCAUGCUCGGUGGACGUCGGUAUCUGUUCAAGGAGUCGGACGACUCCAUAAGGGUCGCCUUCAAACGUUUGAAACGAUUCGAAAUGGCCGAUAGGUUGCUUAAGCUGGCUCUGUUUGUGGGACUUGCCUACGUGCUGAGAAGCUAUCUACAGGUGAACUGGUUGAGGCACGAACAAUUGAUUUCCAAUUGAAGGCUGCAGCCGGUCCCGGCUUGUUUAUACCUGUACAAAA